CAAAGGGGUCUGGGGACGCCAUGCCCCCACGUCACUGCUUCCUUCUGCCCGGGUUUCCUGGAAAGUGUGACGGAAGCGCUGUGGUCGGAAGUCCUGCGGUCACGGCCCCCCAGGCUGCGGACCCCGCCCGGAUGGGGCCCCUAUGCCUCCUCCUGACUGCCGCACUGCUCCUGGGCCAGGCGGCGCCUCGGGGGGCCUCCCAGCACUGCGGGCGCCUCGAGUACUGGAACCCUGAUAACUGGUGCUGCGGCAGCUGCCUGCAGCGCUUUGGGCCGCCCCCCUGCCCGGACUACGAGUUUUCGGAAAACUGCGGGCUCAAUGACUCUGGCGAUCACGUGUCGCGCCCCUUCAAAGAGUGUCCUAUUGGGCAGUGCAACCCCGACAAUGCGGAGCUAUGUAGCCCCUGUGGCGGCGGAGCCACGGCCCCUGCUCCCGCGGGGAGCCGGAGCGGAACACAGCGGCGCUGCAGAGAGAGGUCGGUCCCUCCCAAGGAGCCCUGCCCCCUGAAGUCUGGGAGACCAACGGUCCUUAGCUCCCAGGAGCCCAGCCUCUUGUGGACAUCUGAGCGCAAGGUCGCUCAGCAGGCCUUGCCGAAUUUUGCCCUGCCGGUCGUGCUGGUUCUCGUGGUGCUGGUUCUGCUGGUGACCUCAGCAGUGAUCCUCCUGCUCGCCCAGCGGUGCCACCGCCAGGCGAAAGUUGUCCUCCACCCGUAUCCUGGCUUGGUUUGUGGCGACACCGACAUCCAUACUCUCUUCCCUGUGCACUCGUCCUCUUCAGGCUCCCGGGAGGCAUCGAGGCAGGGGGCCCACCGAAGGAGGUGGCUCUGGUUCCACUCGUGGGCAGAGGUUGGUCGGGGACAGGCCAGGGAGGGAGAGGGUGGACUGGGAGAUUGCCCUUCCUCUCCAUCACCCCUCCACUGCUCUCCCAGAACUGCCGAAGCUGGCAUCACAGCCCCUGUGUCGCCUGCUGGAGGAGUUCAUAGUGCUGCUGGAUCCUGAGCCUGGGCCGGGUCGGGGGACGGCCUGUGGCACCACGAGACACCUGGCGGUGAGGUACAGUCUGCCUGCUGCCUGGUCCACCUUCGCCUACUCACUGCGGCCCAGUCGCUCGCCACUGCGGGCCUUGGUUGAGAUGGUGGUGGCGAGGGAGCCCUCUGCUUCUCUGGGCCAGCUCGGCACGCACGUGGCCCAGCUAGGGCGGGCAGAUGCGCUGCAGGUGCUGUCUGAACUUGGCUGACCCGGGCCUUGCCCAGCCUAGUCCUCA